UUGAAUGAGUGUUAUUCGUAAUUUUUGUUUAAGUUAUAUUUACCAUUUAUUUCAAACUAUUGAAAUAAUUAAAUAAAUGUAAAUAUGAUUAAAGAUUUUAUAAUUCCUUUAAAUAAGGAUGAACUUUUAAUAUCACACGCUAAGCAAUAUUAUGUUGAGAAAAUAAUUCCUCCUGGUAUGGUAACAAAAGCUUUGGAAGAGAGUCGAGUUGCUUUGCAAAGAGAUGGAGCAAGUUUUAUUUUAAAUUGUUUUGAUACAUUUUUUGCUGUUUUGGUCCAUGGCUAUAAAAUAGAAAUGCAAUUGAUUUUACUUUCUUUCAAAAGAAUUUUUAAAGGGAUACAAUUAUUGGUAACGGAAAUGGAAACAAUUUUCGAUAAAAAUAAAGAAAUAGAGGAAGAGGAAAGAUUAAAGCUUUUAUGCAUCAAUAAAAUGUUGGCUUAUUUGGUUUCCCAAUUAAUUUGUCACAUUAAUGAAAGAUUGGUUAAAAAUUCACAAAAUGUGCAAAAUUACCGUAAAAAGAAUACAAAAACUGAUGAAGAGGAUAAAUGGGAUGAUGAGCGAGAUAAAAUAUUAGAGCUUAUAUAUCGAUGGGUUCAAUUGCCAUUAUUAAAAAUUUGGAAACAUUCAAUUGUUGAAGAUUCAUUUGUAACAGUAAUAUCACAAAUAUGUUACACUAUAUUAGAACAUUGUAAGGAUGCCAAACAAAAAUCUAUUAGACAAAAUAUUUUUGAGAUUUUAGGAAUUCUUGUUAAAAAUUACAACCAUGGUAUAAUUUGCAUCGUAAGAAUUGUUCAGUUAGUCAAAUUGUGUGAUACACUCCCAGUUUUUAUGGCCAAUGGUGUUGUACAUAUGGAUGUUAAGUGUAAUUGUAAUGGUCUUGUAAAACAAGUAAUAAAAGAGAUUAAUCAAUCUGAACCAGCAGAAGUAGACUGUCGCAAUAUAUCUACAUUUUUGGAAAAUAUAUCUACUUUGAAACCUGAUAUCAUAUUACCAGUCAUGGAUGAUAUAUUAGAAUAUCUUACUAGUGAGUAUUACAUUAUGAGGAACUGUGCCAUUGGAAUUAUAGGUACGGUAGUCUUAAAAGUAUUGACAAAUGAUGAUCUUGAUCAAAAACAAAAAGACCAACGAGAUGAAUGCCUUCAUUGCUUAUUUGAACAUUUAUUGGAUUGCAAUUCUUAUGUAAGAUCUAAAGUACUCCAUGUUUGGCAAAAUUUAAGUAACGAAGGAGCUAUACCUUUAGCAAUGCAAGGAAAAUUAUUGGGUGCUUGUAUAUUACGAUUAAAAGAUAAAGCUGCUAACGUUCGUAAACAGGCAUUACAAUUAAUGAGAGCAUUACUUCAAGGAAAUCCCUUUGCUGCUAAGUUAGAGGAAAAAGAAUUAUUUACAUCGUUGGAAAAGGAAAGAAUAAAAUUAAAAGAAUUGCAGAUACAAUUUGCUAAUGAUAGUGAACGUGGAGACAGUGAAAGAGUAGCAUUAUGGAACACUUUUCUUCCAGAUAUAAAGAAAGCUAUAAAGGAAAUGAUAAAAAGUCAUAAUAAAGAUAAUGAUGAAAAUAAUGAUGAAGAUAAUGAUGACAAUGAAGAAAAAGCAAAGGAUGAUAUAAAUGAUCAUAUUGAUUCAAACUUAGCGUUUGAAAAAAUAAGAAAAUUAAUGUUGAACGAACAAAUUUUUGACGCUGUUUCGUAUUUAUGGAGAAUUUGUAAAACAUUGGAAGAUACUCCUAAAAUAGAAAAAUUACCUCUCGAGGUAAAGGAAGAAUGUUUACUUGCUUUUUUAUUUAAAAUUUUCAUAGAAUCGGAGGAUAAGAUGAACGAUGAAAAUAUGUCGCAAGAACAAAAGAAAUUAAGGGAAGAGAUUAAAACGCAAAAACGUCUUGUCAAUUAUUUAGAAAAUUCUUUAGAAUUUGCAAAAAAAUUUAAAGACGCAUUACCUGCGGUAGAAGCGUUACUUUUUUCUACAACAUCUAGCGAUGCUAUUGAAGCAUGCGCAUUAUUUGGCUCAGCUUGUCAAUUUGGUGUAACAGGAGUAUCAACUACAGUCUGUAAAGCAUUGUUCCAAGUACUUCACAGUGAUCCAUCAGUACGCAAAAAUUUAGCUACAGUUUAUAAAGAAGUAUAUCUUCAUAGCAAUGAACCUCAAAAAUCAUCUAGACAAGCAGCUAUUACUCGUGUAAAGUCUUUAAUUAAUUUAGUGAAACAACUUCAACCCGGACAGGGUACAGCUUUGCAAGAAUUGAUUAAUAUAUGGUAUAAAGAUGAAGAAAUAAAUGAAGAAGCAUUGCAGGUAUUAUGGGAAAUAUUUUCGAUGAAAUUACCUGGUACAAAUUUGAUAGAGAGCAGAGCUGCUUUAAUAUUAAUAAUGAUGAUAGGUGAAAUCGAGAGUAAAAUUAUAGUUGAAAAUUUAGAUGUAUUAGUUAAAAUUGGAUUACGAUCGAGAGUAGAGAAUGAUCUUCUUUUGGCUCGAGAUACUUGUAGAACUUUAAAUAAAAUCAAACAGGAGAAUACAAACAUUGAGACUACUCCUGUUAGGUAUCAAAACAAUCACGAAAUGUUCGCAGCAAUUAUAACAUUAUUGAGAGAGAAUAUUUUUAAUUCGAAGGAAAUUGGUUAUAUUUCUUUUGCCACCGAUGCAAUUAAUGUGAUAUAUAAAUUGGCAAAUCAACCUCAUGAUUUGAUAAAGAAUCUUCUAUUGGAUAUUUUAAAUGCUGAUCAAUUUAUUAAUGCAGCUGCAGCAGCAGCAGAUGAUGAUGAUAACUCAAUAGUUCUAUCUUCUAUUGUAUUAUCAAAUUUGUUGCAUAUAGUUGGACAUAUAGCUAUCAGAGAAUUGGUACACUUAGAUACAGAAAUAUACAAAGAAUUAAAACGAAGAAACAAUCUGAAAUAUUUAAGAAAAACCAAUAACUUAAAUAAAAACAAUUCUAAAUACUGCGAAUUAACGUUUGAAAGUGUUUCAUCUGUCAUUGGUAAUAUUAACAACAAUAAAUGUUUGCGUAAUAAAGAGAAUUUACAAGAGGAUAAUGGGGAAGAUGCCUUGGAAGGUGCGGCAGAUGAUGCAGAUGCUGAAUUUAUAAAUGCUGCUUUAGAAUCUGAAAUAGUCAUUGGUAAUGGAUUACUUACUAAAUUUGUGCCCAUUGUAUUAAAUGUAUGUCAACAUCCUGAAACAUAUCGUAAUGAAAACUUACAAGCAGCGGGUACUUUAGCUUUGUGCAAAAUGAUGACAGUUAGUUCAGUGUUUUGUAAUACGUAUCUUCAAUUAUUGGUUACGAUAUUGGAACGUUCACCUUAUCCAGGAAUCCGAGCUAAUGUUCUUAUUGGUCUAAGUGAUCUUACCAUUAGAUUUCCCAAUGAAGUAGAACCAUGGACGAAGCAUAUAUACGGCAGACUUCAAGAUGGAAAUAGACAUGUACGUAGUGUUUGUGUUCAUGUAUUAUCGAAUCUCAUACUGAAACAGAUGAUACGUGUUAAGGGUCAAGUAUCACAAUUAGCCCUUUGUAUUAUAGAUGAAGAUGUUCAAAUUCAACAAGAUACUAGAACAUUUUUCAAAGAGCUUUCACAAAGGGAUCAUGCUCUUUAUAAUGUGGUACCAGACAUAUUAUCGCGAUUAUCUGAUCCAGAAGUAAAUCUUAGCGAAGAACAUUUUCAAAAAAUUCUUGGUUAUAUUCUGGGUUUAAUACAGCAUAAAAGACAAAUUGAUACAAUAGUAGACAAAAUUUGUGCCAGAUUCAAACUUGCUAUUACGGAAAGACAAUGGCGUGAUCUGUCUUAUUGCCUUUCAGUUUUACAAUUUAGUGUAAAAGGUUUACAAUAUUUGACUGAAAGUUUACCUCUUUUAAAAGACAAAAUUCAUCACAAACCGGUAUUGAAAACACUUCAAGGUAUAAUAGAUCAAACGAAAAAGAAAUCUGAAACUAGAACUGCAAGUGAGGAAUUAGAAAAUAAAAUAAAAGAGUUAUUAGAGGGAUUUGAGAAUACUGAAGCAAGUGAUAAUUUAUUGAUGCCACCACCGACAACGUCAAUAAAACGAAAUUCUCAUAAAGAAAAACAAAAUGAUAACAACGAGGAAGAAAAUAAUUCUGAUAGUGAUUCAAAUUUAUCAACUAAUAAAAAAAAGAACACAAGAUUUACUAAGAAGAAAAGUCAUAUCUCAGAAAGUAAUUCAGAUUCUAGUUCUGAAUCAGAUGAUGAAAAUGUUCAGCCAAAACCUACGCCAAAUAAACGUAAUAUGAGAGUAAGAAGUAAUCGAAAAGUUAUAGACUCAGAUUCAUCGUCUCCUCCAUUACCAAAAAGAAAUAAAAAUAAUAAAACAGAUAUGUCAGUUAAAAUACCAAUAAAAACACCCACAAAAACACCCGCAAAAACACCUGCAAAAGCAUUAGCAAAAACAUCCGCAAAAACACCAUUGAAAACACCAGCUAAAACAUCUACACAAACGCCUGUACAAGGUUCUUCAACCCGAUCAUUACGUUUACGUAAAUGAUGAUGUGGUGAUACAAAUACAUAAAAAAGAAAAAGAGA